GUUGUCAGAUUUGAAAUAUCACAAGUAUUUCAAGUAAGUAAGUUGUUUAUGUCCACUCGAGUACUCAGACGUACUCAUAGUUCAGUGUCAUUGCCAUGCGCUUUUAGUAUUGUGUAGAUUCCAAGGUAUCCCAUGAGCAGGAGUAUUUCUGUUCGAAAACUCAAUCUUUAUCUCUAGUGUGCCUGUGUUCAGUCUUUGUGCAGCAGUAUUUUUCGAAUUGGUGGCACUUGUAGUAUGGGAAAUCAAUUGGCAGGUGGAAACUAUGAGUAUGAGCAUCAGCUUGGUGUAUUGAUAUCCCUGUAUUCAGCAUAAUUAUCUCCUGUAGUUUCUUGAGUGUGACUUGCGUUCGUGGUGUUGCUACUGGAAGAAUUUUUCCUCCCUGGGCACUCGAAACUACUAAAGUCUUGUUCAGCUGUGGGAUUGUGAUGGUGAUGGGAAGGAUGGUGAUGUGAUAUUGUACAAUAAUUAAUCUAACUUCCACGGAUAUAGCGUCUACAUAUCCACCGACCAGCAGUAUGAAGCGGCCUGAAAAUGGUGAAUCUGAAGAUGAGGUUGAUGUCGACUACACCGAUGAACAAGUCACGGCGGUAAAGAGAGUAGAGAACGCUAAGGACUAUUACACUAUCCUUGGUGUUCCGAAGAAUGUCACUGCGGACGAUCUGAAACGAACGUACAGGAGGCUAGCCUUGGUUUUGCAUCCGGACAAGAACCAUGCUCCCGGUGCUGCUGAAGCAUUCAAACAGGUGGUGAAGGCGUUCGGGACACUCAGCGAUCCAGAGAAACGAGCCAAGUAUGAUAAGUACGGAGAAGAUGAAAACGGUGCACAUGCUAAUGCCAAUAAAAAUAGCGAGAUGGCUUGGGCAUACUUUGAGCGAUGCUACGGCGGUAACGUUAGCCCAGAAGAAGUAUUCAAUAUAUUCUUUGGAGGCCGUUCUCGCUCUAAGGAUCCUUUCGAGCCGUCCGAAAGUGCCAAGUUCUAUUACCGGACGGCCGGUGACUCCAGCGUAUUCACCGAUAUUCAGCGCGUACUGCCGCUAGUUGCUCUGCUUUGCCUCUUCUUUCUAUCCAGCCUCCUGUCAGACUGGUAUCAUCAGACCACAUGGAGUGCAUCGUCCAGCUCACUAUAUUCUGUGCCGCGUCGAACCCAGAGCACGCUCUACGACAUCGAGUACUUCGUCGCCAGCUCGUUUGAACUGGACUACCCAACUGUCGCAGACAUCCUGCGAUUGGAAAAAGAAGUGGAGGAAAAGGUCGUCUCCGAUCUCAAACAUUUCUGCUCUCUGGAGAAAAGUACAAGAGACCAGAGAGUUGCGGCUGCACAGCGUGCCUACUUUCCUGAUCCGUAUCAAAUUCACCAGCUGAAAAACCAGCAGCUAAAGAAUUGUGAAAAAUACAAGCAGCUGAAGAAGAAUGUCAUACGAUCGGAUCCAGUGUUGGGACAGAAAACUGAGAACACUGCGCACGGAGAUACGCCUACGAAGUCAGUAGAUGAUAAUGGUAACGUGGAUGAGCUGAUUGACAAUGGGCAUGAUAAUGAUCAAUAUAGAACAUUGAAUGCUGACCCAUUGCUUGAAGAUGAGGAAGAAGAGGAGAGGGAAACCGAAGCUCCGUUUUAAUCUCCGGCCGUCCUAUGUUUGCUUUUCUCCCUCACCUGCAACCGACGACAGGUGCACCUUUUCUGGUGUUGAUAUUUUACUGUUGGGUUUUUCCUUAGCUCAACAUUCUGACUAUCCUCAGCACCCUAGACCAAUCAAGUGCAAUAAACAUUAUGUUGUCUUCUGUCUUAGUCUUUUACUUCGCUCCUUUGAUGAAUUUUCUACCGUUCUAAAUCUGAGACUCAAUUUUAGCCUUUCAGCAUUCCAUCUUUUUUCUCUUGGAGUGUUGCAGUACUUUACACAGCGAUGGUUGGAGUCAUGUUUGACCAAUGGUCUGUUCUCACAGUCAUAGACCAUUGUGUGUGUGUGUGUGUGUGUGUGUGUGUGUGUUUGUGUGUGUGUGUGUGUGUUUGUGUGUGUGUGUGUGUGCGCGCGCAUGUAUGCACGUGUUUGAGCUCAUGUGCUGUCAUCAUUAUCAAUAUUAGUUUCCUGCAGCUGGUUCUGCUUGCCACACGUUUGACUUCCAUCCAGUUUUCCCCAGUGCUUUGUUAUAUCUAGGUCUCUGACUGAUCUUGAGCGUGUUUAUGUGCUGCCUUGAUGAAGCUUCAUAUUUUAUUUUGUCCAUUAGCAGUGUGAACUUCUU